AUGAACCGUAACAUCGAAUCGGUAAUUGAUGAUGCCGUUGCACUAAUCAGCUCAUUGAAUUCUUCUUCACCAAAUUCUAUUCCACCGUAUAAUGUUGAUGCGAUGAAAAAAUGUAUCACUAAUAUUAACAAACUGUACAAGAAAAAUGCAGAUGAUUUGAUGAUUUUAAAAUCAGGUUCCAUAUCGGAAAAGGCCAGAAAACAGGAAGUAGCAGUAAUAGCAAAUGCUAGGCAAGGUUGUAUUGAAUAUAUCAAACGAUGCUGUUGUACUUAUUUACAUGAACGUAUGUUACGAGUAAAACAUUUACGUUGGAAAUAUGGUGGUCAUAUACCUGAAAAAAUGAAGGAAAAUCUAUGUGAUGCAGAACUGAAAUGGUUACAGGAAUACAACAAUCUUCUUGCCGAUUUUCAAAGUUCACUUGGUGAAAACGGAGUGAAUUUAUUGUUGAAUAUGAAACCGCCUCAUAAUUUAUUUGUCAAGGUUCGUGCUAAGCAAAAUAUUGGUUCAUUUGAAUUAAGCGAUGGAACAACCGUUUCUCUUACUGAAAAUGCAUUGGUAUAG